CGGCUCCCUCUGCCUCAGUGAACAUGACCCUCUUCUUGCUGGCUGCAACGGUCUGGACCUGAACAAAGAAGCUGCAGCUCCAUCACCUUUAUUUCCUGUGGAUUUUAUAGGAUUAAACACUUCCAACCAAUCAUCAGUUUUGAACUUUACAUGCAAAAGACCAAACAAAAAAAAAAAAAAACGGUUGAAGUUUUCAUUUACUAUCUAAGCUGUUCAGUUUUCCAUGAUGGCUCCUGUGAGAGGCUGGGUGGUGACGCUGCUGCUGGUGCUCCUCUGCUCACUGCAGGGCUCACCCUCCGCUGAGGUGAGCGCCCAGGAUGAAGACCUCCAUGCCAAACAUGCUGACGAGAAUGAAGCUGCUGAGGAAGAUGUAGAAGAGGAGGAGGAAGAUGAAGAUGUAGAAGAAGAGGAAGCAGAAAAUGAUGAAGAGGAUGAGGAACAAGAAGCUUCUGAUUUUGAGGAGGAAGCAGAGGAUGAAGGAGCUGCUGUUGAGGAAGGGAAUGGAGUUGCGGAGGAAGAAGAGGCUGAGGCAGAAGAGGAGCCUACUGAUGAGGAGGAAGGAGAAGGGGAGAAUGAAGUUGCAGAGGAAGAGGCUGAUGAUGGUGAUGCUGAAGAAGAGGACAAUGAGGAUUCUGAAGAAGCGGAGGCCACAACAAAGGAAGAGGAGGAAGAAGAUCAUCUUGCUGGGGAUGACACUGAAGAUGAAGAGGAAGUUGACAACAAAACGGAAAACCUUGUCGACAAACACGAAGAGGGUGAAAGUGCUGACACGCAGCAGUUCCACUCAGGCUCUUUGUGUAGAGUUUGCUCCAUAUGUGAGCAUUGCUCUGAAAGCUGUGAUAAAUGUCCCUGUGAGGAGGGAGAUGAGUCGGACCACUGUGAGCACUGUGAGAGCUGCUCAUCGUGUUACAUUUGCCCCAUAUUGUGUGACACAAUUUGCACACCAGGCGGCCUUGUUGAUGAAUUAACAGGAUCCCUCUUUCAGACCGUUUCCUCUUUACUCUGAGCACAUCAGAACAUGUCAACACAUGACGCUGUUCUUAGGUCAACAACAGAACAAGGAUUGCUAUCAAUGACAAGAAAUCAUAAUUUUUAAUAAUUACUGUAUCCUCAUGAGAAAAACACAUAAGUCAGUCUUGCAGGGUUAAUUAUAUUUUUAUACAAGUUUCAUUGUAAACAGCUAAAAUAAUUAUUUUCAUGUUGUAUUGAGAAUUUUAAAUGACAAAUCAGAAAGGUUAAUGAAGUUUGCAGUGAAUGUACAAAAUGGUGUCCUCCGACUGCAAAGUCAAAGGUCACCACGUGUUAACACCGUACACACUAAUUACAGACUGAUCUGAAAAUUAAUGUGACACUUUCUUCAAAAACAUACAGGAUUGUAGAUCCGACACAAACACAAAUCAAAACUUUUAUUUAGCUGAAGGGUUCCUGAAUGCAUCUACUGACUUUUUUAUUAUAAUUUUAUUUUUUAUUUUUUUUGCUUCUCAUGUAAAAUGACAAACUGUGUUUGAGAAACUAAAGAAAACUAUCUUUAUAUUGUUGUUGGAUUUAUUCAGUGAUGGUAAGUAUAUGAGGCAGUAAUGCCAGUAAUUAAACUUUCCAUGUCCUGAAGAA